AUGGCAGAAACCGUGCGAAGAAAGUUGAAGCCUGUGAUGGAGAAGAAGAGAAGAGACCGAAUCAAUCGCAACCUAGACGCGCUCAGAGCGCUGCUGUUCAGGAACACCAGAGAUACGCGUUUACAAAACCCUAAACUAGAGAAAGCUGAAAUUUUAGAUUUGGCCGUUCAGUAUAUACGCAAGAACACAUGCAGUAGUACAGAUAAGCAAGGGUCCACUACUCUUGAUACUGCACAAAUUCAGCUCAAGGUGGCACCAAAGUCCAUUUGUGCUCCACACCACCAGUGUAUUGCAGACGUCGCUUCCUUUAUAGGUGACAUGCACCCAUCCGAGAGGGAGAUGUUACUUCAAAGCCUGGAAUACUACCUGGAUAGUCACCAUGGCCGUACUUCCAGGGCGGGGGGAGAAACAGACGCUAAGCUUGCCACCCGUGGGACUAAGCCCUGUUCACCAUCAUACCAUGCUUAUAAGCGAGAUCUAUCCUUCCCAGAGUCAACUUUACAGAGUUGUACAUCUACCCACCAAAACCCCAUUCUUCUUACUCACUCAGCUUCACUGAACCACCUCUCACCCACACUGUCUCCACUGCUCCCCUCCCCCUCCACACCUCCUUCAUUGUCUGUCACCCAUCACAUACCUUUUGUUUCUUCUCUGUCUCCACCCUCUCUUUUCGCUGUGCCAUUUUCUAUCAGUAACUCUGUAAAAUGGCCUCAAUUAUGGCAGCAUCACAUCUCUGGAGGUCACCUGUCAGCACCCUGUACCUUCCUGGAUACGAGAGCAGAGGCUGUUCUUCUCCCAGCCAAGUUGACAUGGAGACCAUGGAGCUGA